UCGAUUUAUGGAUGUCACUCAGGUGCUUUGCAUGAAUGGUGGUAAUGGAGAUAAUAGUUAUUCCAACAAUUCACUUUUGCCGAGAAAGGUGAUAUCAAUGACCAAACCAGUGAUUGAAGAUGCUUUGACAAACCUCUAUCGUGCUUUGAACUUUCCCAAAACCCUGCUCAUGGCGGAUCUUGGAUGUUCAUCUGGAUCAAACACUUUCCUUGUGGCAUCAGAACUCGUCAAGUCCAUCGACAAAAUCAGGCUUCAAUUUGGUCAAGAUGAAUCGGCCGAAAUCCUAAUAUACUUGAAUGACCUUCCGCAAAAUGAUUUCAACAACAUCUUUCUCUCGGUGUCACAAUUUCAAAAGGGCCUAGCCAAGCAAACAAUCCGCAACUCAUCUUCGCCUCCGUGUUACUUUUCUGGUGUACCGGGUUCAUUCUAUACAAGGCUUUUUCCGAAGAAAAGCCUUCAUUUUGUUCAUUCUUCCUAUAGUCUCAUGUGGCUCUCCAAGGUUCCUGAAAUGACAGAGACAAAUAAAGGAAACAUAUAUAUGUCAGCAACAAGCCCUCCAAGCGUAAUAAGAGCAUACCGCGACCAAUUUCAAACAGACUUUUCAACGUUUCUCAAGUGUCGUGCCGAGGAAGUGGUGACCGACGGGCGUAUGGUUUUGACGAUACUAGGUAGACGAAGUGACGAUCCUAGUAGCAAAGAAUGUUGUUAUGUUUGGGACCUUUUAGCCACAGCCCUAAAUCAUAUGGUGCUUGAGGGACUCAUAGAAGAAGAAAAACUGGAUUCAUUUAACAUUCCACAAUACGCUCCAUGCGCUAAGGAAGUCCGUAAUGAAGUGGAGAAAGAAGGGUCGUUCACGAUUGAUCACCUCGAGGUUUCUGAUGUGAAUUGGGAUGCGAGCACAGAUCACAAUCUUAUUUUAAGCGAAGAGGAUAAUACACAUGGAUAUAAUAUGGGCAAAUGUAUGAGGUCUGUGGCCGAACCUAUGAUCUCGAGUCACUUUGGUGAGGCAAUAAUCGUCGAGGAAGUCUUCGAAAGAUACACGAAUAUUAUCAAGGAUCGCAUGUCAAAAGAGGAGACUAGCCUCAUCAAUGUCACUGUUUCAAUGACCCGCAAAGCUUGAACUUCAUUUGUGAUUU